UACACAUUUGUUUGAAUUACUUUUAUUUUGUUACAUAGUCGUAGCAUUAAAUUGAUAACAAAUGUCGUAUGAUCUUGGGUUCAUACUUCACACGAUUUUACCAAGAACUGCACCUUGACGUUAUGCGGUAAUUCGACAAUCUCGUUAGAUACUUUACAUAUCGAUUAAACCAAUCGGCUACGCAGUCAAAUGCUCUCUUAUCCUCGUGAUGGGGUUUAUUGCUAUCAGAAGCGGACUAAUCGACUUAUGUCAGUUCUAUUUUAUCAGAGUGUGGAAACAAUAGUGCAGAAAAUAAGGUAACCUACUUCAACGUGCGACAUUUUGGUAAUCAACCGAAAUAGUAAACGCUGCGAUGGUCCUUCCCAUAGACUGUAGUGUGGUGUUUACACUGGGCUAGGUAAUUUACUGAACACUUUCAUUGGUUCUUUCUAUAUGCCCAUCAAGCGGCGCCUGAUUCCUUGUGUUAGAAACUGAGACCUAAUGGUCCCAUUCCAAUGAGACGGUCCCAGCAAAACCGCAUUACCCUGUAGACUGCUGUGGUACAGGCCGACACAUUUGCUAUCGUCACACACUGCGUAGCCAAGCUAGCUGUAUCAGUUGUGACUGCUUGAGCUGAUUGUUGCUUUCUGUCAUGUUUCCGUGUCGAUUUCUAUUUCAAACGUAGCCUAGCUGCUUGAAAUAGUCUGACUGUAUGUAACGUUAUCUAUCUGAAAUGUAAUGUUUCGGGUGGAUUUCAGCGGUGAUUUGGGUGCGGCACUGUGUUUGGAGAAGAAGGGGUUUGCGCUGUGACGGUGGACUUUUUUGCCUUUUGUAUUUCCUUGCCUGUUGUGGACAUUUUGGAUUGCUAUUUUAUUUUUGUAGUUUUACGUUGAUUUUAACCGCUUCAAAGGAAUAUAGGGUCACUUUUAGGAAAAUAUAGUACGAUUUUGUCAGCGUCUCCUACUUAGGUCUUGUUUUCUAUAUACAAGAAAACUUUAAACAACAAAUAAGUUGGGGAGGGGAUUGAUGCAGGCGAAAGAAUGCGUUAGCAAGCUAAUCAGUUAGCUUAUUUCUGUGCCGAACCUGAAGCUAGCUGAUGUAGCUAGCCACAUAUCAAAGAACUGAGGCGAGGUAAUCCGUCUGCUCAAAUGACUCCUUGACUGAAGAAUGUCAACCUCUUGUUGAGGAUUUUAACUCAUACCCGGACAUCAAUCAUUGAAUGAGUACGAACGACUGGAACCAAGAUCUAAGAUUCCAGCAAAGACGAGUACCUGUGCACGUGUGAUCCCUUCACCCCAGCACCGUACCCCUGCAGAGCUGCUCGUAAAUGAGAAGAGGUGCUGGUGGUAGGGUGUGACCAUUCCCCGAUGAUGUCGAGCAAGCGGAGCCUGCUGGUGCGGCUGGUGCCCUGUCGGUGCCUGCGUGGCGAGGAGGAGGCGGUCACCUCGCUGGACUACUCCCACUGCAGCCUGGAGCACGUGCCCAAGGAGAUCUUCAGCUUCGAGAAGACCCUGGAGGAGCUCUACCUCGACGCCAACCAGAUUGAGGAGCUGCCAAACAACUGUUCAACUGCCAGUUGCUCUAUCGGCUGAGUAUGCCUGAUAAUGACCUGACUGUGUUGCCCGCAGCGAUUGCCAACCUCACCAACCUCAGGGAGCUGGAUGUCAGCAAGAACAGUAAGCAGAGGCCCUCUUCCUCACCAAAUGCUGAGUCA